CGUGCUUGUGUGAUUUCUUCUUCGGUUUCCUUCCGGCUAAAUUACCCCGCGAGGGUUGCUAGGCAAUAGUCGGGGGAUACUUUGGCUUAGGGUUGGCUGCCCAACUCAGGGCAGAAGAAAGAAGCCUCCGGCGUCCUGGCUCCUCCGGGAACGGGUGGCGGGUGUGGACAGCCCUGACGUGGAAGCGGGGAGGUGACUUGGACGAGUAAAAAUUGGUGGUGAAGAUUAACAUUUAAACUAUUUCAAGAUGAGCUUCCUGUUGCCCAAGCUGACCUGCAAAAAGGAAGUAGACCAGGUGAUAAAAAGUACUGCUGAGAAGGUGUUGGUGCUCAGGUUUGGGAGAGAUGAAGAUCCUGUCUGCCUGCAGCUAGACGAUAUUCUUUCUAAGACCUCCUCUGACCUAAGUAAAAUGGCCGCUAUAUACCUGGUAGAUGUGGACCGAACUCCCGUUUAUACACAGUAUUUUGACAUCAGCUAUAUUCCAUCUACUGUCUUUUUCUUCAAUGGGCAGCAUAUGAAAGUGGAUUAUGGGUCUCCAGAUCACACUAAGUUUGUGGGAAGUUUCAAAACAAAACAAGACUUCAUAGAUUUGAUUGAAGUAAUCUAUCGAGGAGCAAUGAGAGGAAAACUUGUUGUCCAAAGUCCUAUUGAUCCAAAGAAUAUUCCCAAGUAUGACCUUCUCUAUCAAGACAUUUAACACACUAACUGCUGUCAAAGACAAAGAGAAAAACACGUCUGGAAACAGUACCUGAGUCCCAGCUGUGCUGUUUUUCUGGAGUCCUUCAGAAAUGUGUCCAGUGUCCCAGCAGAGAAGGGGUUUGACAAACGUGCAUGUAGAGUUCUGGCCCCUGGGGAGAAUAUCGCUCCUUAGCCCACCUGAGAUGCCUCAUAUCUGCUCCCUGUGAACCUCAGAGCAGUCAGUCAGUGGUGUUCACUUUCCCCAGGGUGGUUUUUACUUUCUUUUUAUAGUGUGCUUUCUUUAUACCUAAAGAUAGUUCAGAAUCUUCACAAACAUUGGUUAAUAACCAGUUCAGUUUAACCAUGUUUAUUUGAUAACCAAGUAAAUUGGAGAAUCAGUGCCCAUAGGAGCAAAAAUACAUAUUUUCUACACUAGAUGUGUAUGCAGACACACACACCCCCAAAAGCUCCAGUCCUUAUUACCUAAUUUCUCUUAGAAUAAUGAAUUCUCUACUGAAUAGAGAAUAGCUCUUCUUGCCCAUUUCUUUUAUUUUGGAGACUUGCUGGCUCUGACUG